UCUCUCUCUCUCAACCGUUGCCAUCGGGCAACAUCGUCACCCCCUUCACCCCAGUACAGCCAUGGCUGACGGAACUCAGCAGCAGCAAUCCUCCUCUUCGCGGCUCGACCUCCGCGUGGGCAACAAGUACCGGAUGGGCAAGAAGAUCGGGGCAGGCUCCUUCGGUGACAUCUACAUGGGCGCGAACGUCAUCUCCGGCGAGGAGGUAGCCAUCAAGCUCGAGCCGGCCGCCGCGAAGCAUCCGCAGCUGCAGUACGAGGUGAAGGUGUACAAGGCCCUCGCGGGGGGAGCCGGGAUCCCCUUUGUGCGGUACUACGGGACGGAGGGCGACUACAACGCGAUGGUGAUGGACCUGCUCGGCCCGUCGCUCGAGGAUCUGUUCAACUUCUGCGGGCGCAAGUUCACGCUCAAGACGGUGUUGCUGUUGGCGGACCAGAUGAUAUCGCGCGUCGAGUACGUGCACUCGCGCAACUUCCUGCACCGCGAUAUCAAGCCCGACAACUUCGUCAUGGGCCUCGGCCGGCGUGGGAACCAGGUGCACCUGAUUGAUUUCGGGUUGGCGAAGAAGUUCCGCGAUCCGCGGUCGCACCUGCACAUCCCGUACCGGGAGAACAAGUCGCUCACCGGAACCGCGCGGUACGCGUCCAUCAACACGCACCUCGGUGUCGAACAGGCGAGGAGGGACGACCUGGAAGGGCUGCUUUACGUGCUGAUCUACUUCCUGCACGGCGAGCUUCCGUGGCAGGGCAUCAAAGCCGCAACGAAGAAGAACAAGUACGAGAAGAUCAUGGAGAAGAAGAUGACGACGACUGCCGAGCUCCUGUGCAAGCGGCUGCCGAAGGAGUUUGUCGUGCUGAUGAGCUAUGUGCGGGCGCUCCGAUUCGACGAGACACCCGACUACGCGUACAUGAAGAAGGUGUUCCGGGACCUGUUUGUGCGCGAGGAGAUGAAGUGGGACUACGUGUUUGAUUGGAGCGUGCAGCGGCCCGAGAAGGAAGCGAAGGACAAGGAUAAGCGGACAGCCGAUGAUCGAGCUCGGAGACACCUGAACGAUUCUCUCCUGCCUGCCGACACUCAGAGACGACACCGUGCGACCACGAGAAAUACCCAGCGCACGGGCGAGGGUUGGUGAUCGGGCGACAAGCCACGGUUUUUCUUUUUCUGGUUGCAUGCCUCCCGUCCGUUUAUUCGUUGAUCUCGGCUCCACCAUCCCCGAGUCAAUCAACUCGCCUCCCGAGGCGCCGGGUCGAGUCUCCACGGCGUUGAGCCGACCCACGCCAGAUCCAGAUCCGCACUCGCGUUAUUGGCGAGCGUACAUUACAUAUGAUACUCAUACAUAGAUCCCCUGCCCCUCCCCAUCCUUCCGGCAUCCAUCCAUCCAUCCAUCCAGCUUCCUCUCCUUCCAGCUACUAAUCACAUGGAGACAUCAUUCGUGGUGUCGAUCUUGUUGUACUUGUUCUAGCCAGUGACAUAAUGGUACCCCGUGCGUUCGCACGUGUUUUGUGCUCCUUUGCAUGUCGAGUUUGCUUCUCGAGCAUCUAUUUACGCCGGAUUGGGUGGUGUAUGUGUUGCAACGAACAGAAUGUGCAGGUGGCUCGGUGCCGCCACCGAACACCAGGCACGCAUCCCAUCCGUCUGGAAUUUCUCGUCAAGUCCGGGGAAGUCACCGACUGGCAACUGUUGGCGACUGCUCAUGACAGACUGGGGAACCCUUGUCAAGGUGCUGGAUGGUCCGACCGUAGAUGUUAAGUCGAGCAUGACUGACACAUCUGGAUGGAACUGGAGAACCUGUUGUUACCAGCACAGUCUCCGGCAGCCAGCCGAACUCUAACGAGGAGCCCCAGGAUGCGUCGAGAAAUUCUGGGCUGAGGGUCGAGACCGGGUUGUUCAGGUCUGCACCCGUCUAAACAAAGAUGAGUCUGCUGUGCGAAACGGGAAUAAUGAGAUCGCCAUGAAGGUCCAGCCUUAAACUACAUUGGAAAAGACGCGGUUAAAUCUUAGAAACAAGACUCAACCGGCAAGUCGAGUCGGAGAUGAGGACCGCCAAAGCUUCAACCGCUCACACGUGAUGAAUUAUGGUCGGAACAAUGAUGUGAUCGGAUCAGAAAUCUAGAUCAGCAAUCACCACGGCCUUAUCGCUUCGACUCUGCCCUCAGUCAUUCUGCGCCAACAAACGCAGAGCUCCUUCGUCCUCUGAGUCAUUCACGGGGAAAUUCUCACAUGUGCUUUUGAAGGGUCAAGAUCGGUGGCGCGCCACGUGUUGAUAUCGAUGGCCAGGCGAAUCCUCGUUGAUAAAUGCUGGCCGCCAGCCAUUAUCAACGAGGCGCUCCUUCUGUGGCGGAGGUUGGCCGAUGGGGGAGUUCGGGUGUGCAUGCACGAGGUGCUUGGGGGGUCAGCUCCCCCCCACCGAUCUCUCGCUAAUCGACAGGCUACGUCCGACUUGUUUCGCAGUGCAUGUUACACCGGUGUUUCGUGCUACACCGCAUCAUUCUCAUUGCUUCAGCCCACGCUCCGAAUACCUCGAGGUGCGAGGGAGUGACCGGGGACGGGGCCGAAGCGGUUUGUGAGAGCUGGACAGCCUAAAGCAACACGGACGGACAGUGCACGCCGCAAAGCCUGGCCCCGCUCCGACUCACUCAUCGGGUGUAGAUGGAAAUACUCGGAACGAUCGUUUCAAGGAAUCCACGGGACGCAAUCAAUCGGCUGCUCCCAUCGACUGGCGACGACGCACUCUGACUCUCCGAAUCGCCGGCCAGUCAGGCUUGCAGGACCGAUGCUGUGCAGAUGAGCCAACGCGUGCCGGCGCUUCUGGUUGCGCGCGUCCUGUCAUGCUAGCCCUCACUGUCUGCUUGUCGCAUCUAAAUCCCGAGUCGUCGAUAUUGCGCAGGAGCGAUCAGUGUGGAAGAUCAGGUCAGCCUGUCCCUGACUCCUCUGCAUGCGCCCGGUCAGUCCCAGUGCGCCCCUGAUUAUUACGCACGUCUUGGGUUGUGGGCACCUAAUAAGGCUGGGAUGCACAGGUAUUCGGCCCGGAGCGUCGUUCCGAUCGAGUAGUCUAUGUAGUCGGCUGCGCUAUUGUUGGCAGGCCUGAUUGAACGCCGUCGGGCGAUCCAAUUGAGUUGGCAGCGCACUACAGCUAUGUUACGGUACAAAACGGUACAUAAGUGACUUACUCAUGGAGAAGAAAAUACCGCAAAACACGCGUCGUGUGCCAAUUGCCACCGGGCGCAGCCGCAGCUUAUUCAGCUCCUAUGUAACUGAUUCCGAUACUUGCUCAGUCGCCGCCGAGAGGCAAGGGGACGAUCUGCGUGAAACAGCGCCGGCUCGGACCCUGCAGGAAGAGACCCCAGGCUGUGUGAAUUUCUGUCGCGUCGACCGGCAAGUUCGCUCCGAGAGCCGGUCUCUGGUGUCGCCGUGUCAAUCUGGCGAGAUGUUCACAUAUCAGUCGACUCCCGCCUUUUCCAUCUCCCCGUCCUAGCCUUGGCGGCGUGGAAUAAUUUGUCCGUUGGGUUGUCGAGGGCUCGUCCGGCCCCUGAAGCUGCGGUAAUUGCAAUGAAAGUUCUGGUCCUCCUGAGACUCACGCGGGAGUAAUCAAGGCACCGCGCGACCUCGCAGACGCCCGGCCCCCCCGUACAUUGAAAAAAUGGCACGACAGGACUGUGGUCCUGAUCUGUCCUGAUCGUGUCUUGUGUGUCAUUUCGGGUGGGUAAAUACGGCAAUCAGAGACAGAACAUCACGCAUGUGAAUAUCAAAUGACAAAACGAGUGCGGGGUCCCAUGGGGUCCGGAGCUAUCCACUCGCUUCCUGAUGCAAAGGUAAAUUACUUACAGCAUGCUGCUGGCUGGUGGGCCUUUCUACAAGUUCGUUCGAGGAAGGGAGGCGAGGCGCUGGUAAAGCGAGUCUCCAUCGUUUCAGUCAGUCAGUCACACGCAGAGGAGGGCGAUCGCGCGAGACUGUAAAUUCUGGUGGAGCCGCGAUGUUCGCGCGUGCCCCUGUGUGUGCCUGCAACUUCUGCGUUCGCAAGGAGAUACCUUUUACCUUGCCCACCGUUGCCGUUGAUUGCCCACCUCGUGAUGCCAGGCCAAGUCUGCACGGACGGCCUGUCACUCGCUCGGGCGCCUAACAUUUUCUGACUGGUGAGAGGAGAAUAAUGAAAAAAAAACUGCGAUCGCUGGAGGAGCUGGGACGAAAACGCCGGUCGUGCACGGGGUUUCGCAACUGGCGAUAUGCACAUUGCACAGCCAGGCACAGCUGUCGGAGCGGAACUUCUGGUCUCGCCCACGGUCGUUCGGCUUUUCGGGCAUCGAGGAACAAGCAGAUGCAUUUUGAUCUUGCCGGGAGACCCGACCGGAGCCCUCUGUGGCGCGCGCAAGAUCCGCUGCCGAGCUAGCUCAGGCCUAUGUCUGAAGGAACGGCCUAUUGCCCCGCAUCCGAUCCGAACCAAUUCGACGGGGGUAUCCGCCAGCGGAUGACUAUGGGCGGCGCGGGCCUAGCUCCCCCCCUCCCCCAGCAACGAAAGGUUGGAAGUGCGCUAGAUUCUGACCGGAUAUCGAUCAAACAAAAUGUGAUGCGUGAUGAUCUGGGAAUUUUGGCCAUCUGCUGACCUCCUGUCAUCCCCAUUUGGUGCGGGGUCAAUUCAAAUCUUCUGAAACCACCAUGCGAAUCAAAGGGGUCCCCAUGGGGUCCCACGUCCUGUCAGAAAACCUUUCCUUCGUAUAAAGGCCGCGACUGAAUGGCUGGGUGGCCCGUCGUCGAGUCCCACUCUCCGUCUGCGCUGCUGCCUCUGCUCAACAGUCUUGCGCUACUACCCAACUCAACGCACACGAAAUGGCUGGUGGACCCUCAGGUGGAACUGAAGGAGGGAUUGCGAAUGCAUCCCUCGGAUGGGCGAUCAUCAUGAGCGCCUUCGCCGCGUUCGGCGGUAUCCUCUUCGGAUACGACACUGGCACAAUCGGAGGUGUCAUUGCCAUGCAAGACUGGCUGAAUGUCUUUGGUACGCUCGACACCACGGGCCAGCUGGGCAAGGACACCCACGGUCGGUACAUCACCACGGCUGACAAGAGUCUCGUCGUCUCCAUUCUGUCUGCUGGUACCUUUUUUGGCGCUCUCUUGGCAUUCCCGAUGGGUGACCGCGUCGGUCGCAAGAACGGUCUCAUCGCCUCUGUCAUCAUCUUCUCGCUCGGCGUUGGUCUGCAGCUGGACACCCGCUGGGCUACUUUCGUCGUCGGCCGUGUCAUUGCUGGUCUCGGUGUCGGACUCGUCUCCUGCUUGGUGCCGAUGUACCAGUCCGAGUGCUCGCCCAAGAGCAUCCGUGGUCUGAUCGUCGGAUGCUACCAGCUGGCCAUCACCAUCGGCGCGCUCCUCGCCGCCAUCGUCCUCAACUCGACCAAGAACCGCGCGGACCACUCCGCAUGGCGCACGCCCAUCGCUGUCCAAUUCGCCUGGGCCUUCAUCCUCGGCGGCGGCAUGGCCCUGCUGCCCGAGUCCCCGCGUUACCUCGUCCACAAGGACCGCAUCCCCGCCGCCCGCGCCGCGCUUGCCCGCCUCACGAACACCUCCCCGGACUCCCCUGCCGUCGAUGCUGAGCUGGCAGAGAUCAGUGCGGCGCUGCAGGAGGAGCGCUCCCGCGGCAGUGGCUCGUACAUGGACUGCUUCCGCAACAACGAGAUGAAGAACGGUCUCCGCACCUGGACUGGUAUCAUGCUCCAGGGAUGGCAGCAGCUGACCGGUAUCAACUUCAUCUUCUACUACGGCACGACGUUCUUCCAGAGCGCCGGCAUCGGCAACCCGUUCAUCAUCACGAUCAUCACCGACGUCGUCAACACCGUCAUGACCAUCAUCGGCAUCCAGCUCAUCGACCGCGUCGGCCGUCGCCGGCUGCUCCUGAUCGGCGCCGCGGGUAUGAUGUUCUGCGAGUACAUCGUCGCGAUCGUCGGUGUCACCGCUGGGCAGACCAACGCGACCGGCGGCGCGGUCAACAUCGCCGCACAGCGCGUUCUGAUCGCUUUCGUGUGCUUCUACAUCGCGUUCUUCGCCACCUCCUGGGGCCCCGUCGCGUGGGUGAUCACGGGCGAGAUCUUCCCGCUCAACAUCCGUGCGAAGGGCAUGUCGCUGUCCGUCGCGUCGAACUGGCUCUGGAACUUCGCGAUCGGAUACGCCACGCCCUACCUCGUCGACACGUCCACCAAGGGCCAGCCGAACGGCGUCGCCACCGCCGCGCUGCACGUCAAGGUGUUCUUCAUCUGGGGCUCGACGUGUCUCGGGUGUCUCAUCUUCACGUACUUCUUCAUCCCCGAGACGAAGGAGCUCUCGCUCGAGCAGAUCGACCUGUUGUACAAGGAGUCUUCCGUGCGCAACUCGAACAAGUACCGCCAGCAGAUCCUCGCCUCCGACAAGACCUUUGCCCACGACAAGGCCUCGUCGUCGCACGACGACCACUCCGCGGAGGUCAAGGUCUAAGCAGUGCAAUAAUCCCCACGUUUUUUUCUUGGUUUUACGAUACAUUAAUGACCUUUAUUCGCGAUGGGAUAACUAAGUCGUCUAGUUGUACUUUUAGCCGCUUCAUACCAGCGCUCCCAAAAAAACAAGCAUUUUCA